AUGUCAAAUUCAACCUCAACCAGUUUGAACCACACUGAGAACAUUGCUGUUUCCGCGAUUCUUGCCAUAGUUGGUAUCUUUGGACUGCUUUCAAAUAUUACCGCGAUAAUAUGCGUGCGACAAAAUCCUGUACUUCGGAAUGGCUUCGGUCUGCUUUGUUUCUCUCACAGUAUGGCCAAUCUUGGUGUGAUGCUUGUCUUCCUACUAUGGGUCACUCCAAUGACAUUACUACAGAGUGACCUAUCCAUGCAACUGGUCGGAAAAGUAUUUGGCCAAAUAAACAUCAUGUUUUGGGAUGUUUGUGUUUAUUCACAUUUAUUGAUUUCAAUCAAUCGCAUAGUGGCUUUGACAUCUCCUCAUCGAGCAUCUGAUCUAUUUGAUGUCAGAAGGACCUUAUGCUUAGUGGCUUUGGUUUGGUUCAUGGGAUUCUGCCAUGUUAUACCGUAUUUCUGGAAUGAUCACUGUUACAUCCAGUACGACGCUACACAGUGGGUAUUUAUAUUCGCUGAUACACCAUGUGGUUUUGUUAUUUCUACAUAUACAGACAACUACACAAGUUCUGCUGUAUUGAUUGUGAUACUCGUAUUAGACUUCACUACAUUAAUAAAGCUAAGGAUAUCCAAUAACGUGCUUACAACCGGACAGAUGGGCAGCGUAAGCCUUCACGUUUAUAAGAAAAGGCGCCAUACAGAGAUCAGGUUUUUUAUGCAGACCUUAUAUCAGAACGCAUUGUUCUUCUACGAGAUGUCGAAUUUCUACUAUGUUAGUCUAAUGUUCACAAAUCAAUGGGCCGUAUUUAUGACCAGCACAUUCCCAUGGGAAGUUUGUCAUGCUCUGGAUGGAUUCAUUGUCGCUCUAUUUCAUUUCCACUUCUCUUUUAUUGGAAUAACGCCGAAAGCUCAAGCUACUACCGUCAAUGAAUUUAGAAGAGAUAGGCAAACGUCUGAGGCAAAAGGAAUAAGCCCACGUAGUCACAUCAGCUCCAAAUCUUCGCCCACUAGAAUUGUAGGAAAAUUCUAA